UUUUCAUUGCCGUGUCUAAGGAUCUUUGGAUGACCGUACUGAUAAUGUGUAGGAUAUAUUAACGCCUUUAUUCAAAAUGUAUAUAAUUGAAUAACUAGCUGAACAGUAACGUUAUCAUUGUUUUCCUGCUGAUGCGCUCGCUUCAUUGCACCAAACGGCUAAGUUCCUAAUAGUAGAGGUUAUUAUAUUCGCCUCAGCUACUGUGAAGUGAUUUUUUUUUCCAGUUAAUGCUGUAAGUCAAUAAAAAAUAGCAGGUAUGAUACCUAUUGCCUUUUGUCUUAGCUUUCAGUCGUACGAGAUGGCUAAAUGGAAACCUAAUUUUCACUUGGUGAUUCACUAAAACGUUUUCUUGUAUUCCAAAAGGGACAGUUUACUUCAGGAAACUGUCCAUUGCAAGUAACAUUUACCCCCAGGAUAUUCAGCCUAUGGAGAUGAUUGGGGCUUUUCCGUGAAGAGAAGUUAAACGAGCGGUGUAUCACCAACUGAUGCUUGUUGAAUGUUUUUUAAUGCGCUAAAUAUGAUUUUCAGUGUUGGACAUGAUGUGCAGUUAGCUUAAGGAAAGGUCUGCAAUACAAAGCAGAUUUACUCUCUUGCGUUGCAAAAAAUACACCUCGUAAUAACUGAACGAGUUAUAGGUUGAUCGUUUUUCGUGGAUUGUUCGUCGGGAAUAUAUUUAAUAUAGAGUGAUCGGUUGUAUUUUGAGGGUGGUAGUCAGUACACGCUUCGGGCCUUGGUACCUCGCACCCUGAAACAGCAGCGCAGGAUGUCGGAGGCGAUUCUGACUUUCCAGUCUCAGCUGUCGGACAUUAUGGAGACGGUCCUGAAGACGGCUGUGCAUGAGAUCACCUGCCUGGUGGAGGACAGCUUUCAGGGGGAGGUAGUGCGGAGCAGGAAGGAGGUGGAGAGCCUGAGACAGAGGCUGCAGUGGUCCGAGAGGAGAUGGAGGGAUCGAGAGCGAGAGAGAGGAGGAAAGAGCAAGUGCACGGAAUGCGGCAGGACGCCGGAUCCCAGUGCAGAAAUAAAAAGAAAAUCAGCCGGUACUAAAAACGGGUCUGAGGAGGGACGCGGUAUCAAAAAGGAGAAGACAACAAGGAACCGUGGCAGCUGUCUUUGGGAAGCCUUGGCUACAGCCCCCUCUAGUGUUCCAGAUGAAAAGGACAGCCCCGGAUCCAUCAGCUUUGGAGAAACGGCAAGAGCGACGUUUCCGGAUUCGGAAGGUAGUGGGAGUGAUUCGAUCCCUGAAAAGGCAGACCUCCCCGGAUCUCAAAGCAUCAGCUGUGUUCGCAGGAGGCGACGGCGUCUGCUGCUUACUGUAAAUUUUAGCGGUCACCCUGAUCCUGAGAAUGAACUGUCCCCAGAUGAGGGAUGUACAAAGGAGCUGGUUAGUGAAUAUACGAUAAAGCAAAAUGUAGAGGAACUCGAUGAGGCAGCCCUCGAAGGAGGAUGCGUGUACAGUGGGAGAAGCAUGAAUGGUCUGAAUCCUGAGUACCAGAAGGUCACAGUGGACCACGACUUGGUGAUCGGUGAACCUAAUGUCUCCUGCAUUUCACACGAAGACCCAGAACUUAGGUCAGGGCUGAUUAAUAUGCAAGCAGAAGUUCACCAAGACACCAGGAAGAGUGAGGGAAUACAAAUAGAAGAUGUGGUCAGUCUGUCUAGCCCACACAACGUCGUCAACCACAUAAGGAGGAAGAACUUGAAGACCGAGAGUCUGUCAGUAGAUGGGUGGGAGAGUAUGGCACAGACAAAUUCAGAUAUUCAACAUGGUGAUCAAGGAAGCUUCACCACAACCGGGAAUAUGAGAAUAUCUCAUGACGGAGGCAAUGGAGAUAAUCAGAAUGUCUGUAUAUACUGUGGAAAGAGUUUCGCUUACGUGAGUCGCCUUAAGAUACAUUUGCUAAAACAUACCGGUGAAAAGCCAUUCAGUUGUGUUCAGUGUGGAAAGAGGUUUACUGUUGCAAGAAAUUUGGAGAGACACCAGAAGAUUCACUGGGGUGAUGCAAGUUUUAUUUGCGCCCAGUGUGGGAAGAGCUUCAGAAGAGCUGACCACCUCAAGGUCCAUCAACGAGUUCACACGGGAGAGAGACCCUACUGUUGCACUCACUGCAACAAGUGUUUCCGCUUCUCUGGUGACUUAAACACACACAAAAGGGUCCACACCGGAGAAAAGCCGUACUGCUGUACGCUGUGUGGAAACAGGUUCAGUCAGCUAAGACAGCUAAAAUCGCACAUGCGGGUUCAUAAGGCAAAUUUGGGCAGAAUCAGUCAUUUGACACAGUAGUUAAAUCUCCUGAAGGACUUCUUCAGAACCCUUUUAUGAUGUUUCUAUGUGUUACCUCCAUUUUAAGAAGAAUAUCCUGUAAUACUUUACAUUAACUGCCACCUUUAUAACGCUUUUAUAUUGCAUUCGUAAAACGUUAAGUACACCCUCAUAAUGUAUUCAUUAAGUAUUCAGAAAUCAUUCAUAAACAUCAUGCAUUUAUACCUUAAGGGAUGUUAGGAUGUUAACAGAUGUAAUAUACAUUAAUAACAAACAUUAUAUAAUACUAACAAACAUUAUUGUUGUAUAAUCAUGUGAUAUUUGUUAUUAAUGUAUAUUAAAGCUGUUAAGGGAUGUUAGGAUGUUAAGGUGUACUUGCAUGCUGCUUAUGAAUGUUCUAUGAAUGCAUUAUGAAGGUGCACCGAAUGUUCUAUGAAUGCAUUAUGAAGUGUUACCGAAUGUUCUAUGAAUGCAUUAUGAAGUGUUACCGAAUACCCUUUUAGAAGUAUGAAUCGUUUUUUCCAUUAGGUCUGAGAUAGGAAAAUAAGCCAGAUCUGAUAAUUCUUUGCCCAAAUUUUUGAAUAUGCCACAUAUCCAUAUCCAGAAAUGAUUUUCAGGGUGGGUUCAAAAUCAUUCUGUCUGGUUAUAUGUCUGGUUGGGAGCAAAAAUAUUUCGGGGGGG